UUUCCUGUGUAAGUAUUAGGUAUACCUAAUAUAUUCGAGCGUCAUAUAUAUAUAUAAGAUAAACAUAGUAUUUGACAGCUUUGUUUGACACUUUGUUAUUUGUCAAUACCAGUUCGCGGACAUGGAAUUUUCCUUUCGAGCUACAAAAUUGAAAUAUUUUUUUCACGUAGGUCCACAACUUUGUAAUGCGAUAUCACUAUUUAUUAUUUCAUUUUUCAUUAUUAAUGAAAAAAGAGCAUUAUCUGCUUUUCUCAUCUAUGUCAAUAUGUAUGCGUACGUUCUCUCAUUCAUUCCGUAUAAACACUGAACAUCGUGAGAAAGCUUGUCGAGUGAACGAGUAUCAGUGCCGAGAUAUCGAGAAAUUGAGAGAAAGGUAUAUAUCGAUACUCUCCCUCUCUCUCUCUCUCUCUCUCUCUCUCUCUCUCUCUCUCUCUCUUUGUCGGAGUAAUGUCAGCUAAUGUCAGUGACCAUCGUGCGACACAGCUGGCGAUGACAAUUAUUGCGCGUGUCGAUCUGACAAUUCGCUAUCAAUAAUGAGAAAGACGGAUAUCUCCCAUACCCGCCUACCGAAUGCCGAUAAGAGACAGUGAAUCCGCGAACGGAGACUCUCCCCAGCCUCGUGUCACAUGUUCCUGCAUGUUCUUCGCGCGCAAGGAAAAUGAGUAUUUUGCGAAAGAGAUUGAGCGAAUUCGACGAUGUUCUUAACGCAGACGAAAUAGACACCGUCAAUCUUAGUAAAAUAUGCUUCCAUGGUAUACCUGACGAACCUGGUGGUCUGAGGCCUCUGUGUUGGAAGCUACUGCUGAAUUAUUUGCCAUCGAAGAGGUCCAGUUGGCUGGAGACUCUCAAGCGCAAGAGAGAGUUGUAUGACACUUUUAUUGAAGAUCUCAUUGUUAUGCCGGGAGAAUCUAAUGCGGAUGACAAAGAAAGAGUCGAUGUGACGUUACACGAUCAUCCUCUCAACUUAAAUCCGGAUAGUAAAUGGCAAAUGUACUUUAAGGAUAAUGAAGUUCUCCUCCAGAUCGAUAAAGAUGUUAGACGACUAUGUCCAGACAUAUCAUUUUUUCAACAAGGCACUGAUUAUCCAUGUCAGAAAAUAGUCAGUGCUAAUGGCCAGCAACGUUUACAUAAUAGAGUUCAACACACUGUACUGAAAAGCGCAAACGUUGAGAGAAAAGGAUUAGGAGUGACCAAGCAGAUAGCGGUCUCGGUUAGAAAGGCUGCGGAAGAUUACGCGCCAUUGGCUGAAGGCGGUGAAGCGCAUUGGGAAGUUUUAGAGAGAAUACUCUUUUUAUACGCCAAGUUGAAUCCUGGUCAAGGUUACGUGCAGGGUAUGAAUGAAAUAGUCGGACCUAUAUAUCACGCAUUUGCUUGUGAUCCAGAUCCAACAUGGAGAAAACACGCCGAAGCAGACACUUUCUUCUGUUUUACCAAUCUAAUGGCUGAAAUACGUGAUUUUUUUAUAAAGACAUUGGAUGAAGCUGAAUUUGGAAUUAAUUCAAUGAUGAGUAAAUUGACAAAUCAAGUUAGAGCUAAUGAUCCUGACGUUUGGCUGCGUCUGCAUCAACAGGAAUUGUGUCCGCAAUAUUACAGCUUUAGAUGGUUGACGCUUCUUCUUUCGCAAGAAUUUCCUCUUCCGGAUGUUAUAAGGAUAUGGGAUUCCUUGUUUGCUGAUGAGAAUAGAUUCAGUUUCCUUAUACAUAUCUGCUGUGCCAUGAUUCUAUUAUUAAGGGACCAGUUGCUGGUUGGCGAUUUUGCUACGAAUGUUAAACUCCUACAGAAUUUUCCAUCGAUGGACAUCCAAAUCGUGCUCUCUAAAGCGGCUGCUUUGGCGGGCAAGACUUUAUAGUUUUUGUAAUAAUUAUUUUUCUUGAUUAAGUCGUAAAUGAGCUGCAGUGAUUUUUCGGCAUGUCGAAUAUUGUGAUCUUUGCCUCUCCUCUUUCUGUGCUGUCCGCGAUAUAUCGUAAAGUACACAUAAAUUUAUACAUUAUCAUAAAUUAAUCUAGAGGAGAGGUGCAAUCAAAAUAUCAAUUGAGAUAUAACAUAAUCAUGUAUAUAUAAAGCUUACCGGUAGCUUGAUAAAAGAUAUAAUUUGGCAUUUAUGUUAUAUGAAAUAGUUAACACAACUGUAUAUAUGGCACACGCUCAACGAAUAUUGAGAUUUACAAAAAAGCAGCAUUUUUAGUGCCACAUGUCAAACUUUUGAUACAUUUAAAAUGAUGGUUUUGUACAUACAUCACGUUAUACAUUAGCGAGUAAAAAGAUGGCUGAAGACUUCGAAAGAUAAAUUUAUACAAUCAA